AUGAAGAAAGCUCUGAUUCUGAGGGCUCUCACUCUGGCCGCCAUGAUGAGCCCCUGUGGAGGUGAAGACAUCGUGGUGGACCACGUGCGCACUUACGGCACAAAUGUCUACCAGACGUACGGCGCCUCUGGCCAGUUCACGUUUGGAUUUGAUGGAGACGAGCUCUUCUACGUGGACCUGAGGAAAAAGGAGACUGUCUGGCGGCUCCCCGAGUUUAACAAUAUCACCAUGUUUGAAAUUCAGAGUGCCCUGAGAAGCAUUGUUAUGUCAAAAAGAAAUUUGGACAUCUUGAUGAAAAAUUCCAACUUUACACCUGCCACCAACGACAUCCCUGAAGUGGCUGUGUUUCCCAAAUCCUCCGUGGUCCUGGGGAUUCCCAACACCCUCAUCUGUCAAGUGGACAACAUCUUUCCUCCUGUGAUCAACAUCACUUGGUUUUACAAUGGACAAUUUGUUGCAGAAGGUAUCGCUGAGACCACCUUCUACCCCAAGAGUGACCACUCCUUCCUGAAGUUCAGUUACCUCACCUUUCUUCCCGCCAGUGAAGACUUCUAUGACCGCAGAGUGGAGCACUGGGGCCUGGAAGAGCCCCUCGUCAAGCACUGGGAGCCCGAGAUUCCAACCCCUACAUCAGAGCUGACAGAGAUGGUCUGUGCCCUGGGGCUGCCCAUGGGCCUCAUGGGCAUCGUGGUGGGCACUGUCCUCAUCCUCCGAGUCCGGUGCUCAGGUGCUGCCUCCAGACGUCGAAGGGCCAUGAGUCAUGGCCUGAAAGAUGGGAAGCAUCAGAAGCACAGGACCAUCAGCCUCAUGCUGCUUGGUGUUUCAUGUGAUCAGUCUUUACAAGAAAAGAAAGGCAUGGUUCAGACUCCAGUUCCCCAUCUUGACCUUGACUGA